ACAGUACUUCACAUUUAAUGAUCUCUCUCUUCUUCUACUGUGAUCUCGUACUUUAUAUAUCUUCUUCUAUAAAUUCCUUGUGACAAUGAAGCAACUUCACAUAUUAAUCAUGGUACAAUCAAAGAAGUUCAGAGGUGUCAGGCAAAGGCAAUGGGGUUCCUGGGUAUCUGAGAUUAGACACCCACUCUUAAAGAGAAGAAUUUGGCUUGGAACAUUUGAGACAGCAGAGGCAGCAGCUAGAGCAUAUGAUCAAGCAGCCAUCUUAAUGAACGGCCAAAGUGCAAAAACAAACUUUCCGGCCACCAACAAGAACUUUUCCGGCAACAACAACCACUCUCCACCACCACAGACAGAGAUUCCAGCGGCCACUUUAGCCGCUAAACUGCGUAAAUGCUGCAAAGAUCCAUCACCUUCACUCACAUGUUUACGUCUUGACAGUGAUAACUCUCACUUUGGAGUGUGGCAGAAACGUCCUGGAAAAGGGUCCGGGUCGGGUUGGGUGAUGAAAGUGGAGCUUGGUGGCAAGAGGAAGGAGGGAGCGGUGGAGGAAACAAGUACGGUGGUGGAGGAUGGUGGCUCCGGUGAUCCAGAAAUAGAUGAAGAAAAUAAAGCAGUAAUGCAAAUGAUUGAAGAGUUGCUUAACUGGAAUUCAACUCCACCUUCACUUUGUAUAGUCAAUGGUUAGCGACCGGUUUGUAUAUUAUGAUUAUGAUUAUUAGGGAUUUUUCAAAGAAAUUUCCUUUUCUUUCUCUUGUUGUUAAGAUGAAUAAUAUGUUUAUUUUAAGUA